AUCGUGUUACAUUUCUUAUACAUAAUUAAUGAAGUAAAUACUAAAAAAAUUUAAUCAAGAGAUUUACAAAGUAGUUUUGGAAGCAUCAGGAUACAAUUUUCGGCACUCACUGACUACUUGAAGUACAUAUUGUUUUUGUUCCUCAUCUUUAGUUAAAAGGUUAUUAAAAUCGGUUAUUAAUUUGACUCCUCUUUCUGUCAUGUCAUUUACGACUUUAAGUGGUUGCACUUUUUUAAAGCCUUCUUUAAAAUGCGGGUUUUCCGGCCAAGGAUUAGGAGGUUCUUUGAGAAAACUUGUGUCUAUUUUCAAUCGGCUGAAAAAGAUCAAUGUUUCUUUGUUCACAAUAUUUUUUAACCCUGCUGUGACAAAUUGUUCAUCUUCAUGUGUCUGUAGCUUUGGAUUUACUAUUCUGUUGGUUUCCGUUUCACUGGUUUUCAAAAUUAUGUUGGCCGUUUCUAAUUUUUCGCCAUCUCGUAAAGUUAGGUCAAAGAACGCCAGACCUGCCAGCUCUGAACUCAAAUACCAUAAAUGGUUUGAGAAUUUAGCAAAAGCCUUCUCUGAAAUAUAUUUGUCUAUCUUGCGGUAUUCAAUGCGAUUACGCAAAAGAUCAAGAUCUUGUUUAGGAGCCAGAUAAGCUCUUGGGGCAUUAAACCAAGCAAAAGUUUUUUCUUGUUGAAUGUAAGUCUGAUUUUGAAACUACAAAGUCAAUUGGAUUUUGCCCUAGUGCUUCUAUUGUAGCUAUAAUUAUGCGAGAAGCAUUUCUAUCAGAUGCCUUACAUUGGUCCAAUAACAUAGAAAGUUUCAUUGUUAAUAGCUCUUUCACCCCACGACUAUACCUCAUACUUUUGAUACCCGAGGGCCCAGAGAUAGAGAAACAUCCAUUCUAUCCCAAUCCGCAGAAUAAAACAGUUAAAAAAAAGUUUAAUUUUAAAUCGAGUUUGCACUUCAGCUCUUUUUGAGGUGUGUACUGAAAAUUUAAAUUGAUGACAAUAUUUUUCUUUUUUAGUAAAACUAAACAAAUUUAGCAUCUGAAUUAUGUGUUACAACACUACCUUUAAUUUAAUAUAUAAAAAGUGAAAAUAAAUCGAUCUGUCUGGGAGCUAGAGCUAAUUUUCUUCGAAAAACAGUGAAAAAACAGAGAUUUUUGAUAUUUUGAGCGAGUGUCGGCACCAUUUAGAGUUAUCCAAUCGAGCUGAAAUUUUGGCUAUCUAAAAAUCUGCAAAGGCGGAACAUUUUAUGGGGUUCCCCCGAAAAAAAUUCGACAAAAAAUUUUUUCUAUGGGAGUUGCGGUCACUCUAAUGUAGAUCGUCUAAGCAUGUUAUUAAGUGACUUGCGCUGGUGGGGAACUUCUUAAUGUAAACAUUACCACGAUUUGUGUAAGCGGAGAAGAGUUGUUGUUUUCGCUUGAGUCCAAUUGCACUUUGGAGGAGAAGACGAUAUUGUUUAAUUAAGCUUUCGUUUAAAUAGCAGCUAGUGUCUCGUUGAGUAGAUGAUAUUCCAAAGUCACUCAAGCGUAGUUCUUUGUUUUUCAUCUUGCGGUAAUUAGAUGAUGAUUUCAUGACGACAUCUCUUUCAAAACAGCUCGAGAGUUUAAUGAUAAUUGGUGAAGGAGAUUCUUUCAUGGUUUUGUUGUGUGGAUUACUCACGUUGAUUGACUCUUUCUUGACAGCGCGGAAAACUUGGUUUAUGAGAGGUGGCUUGCAGCUAAUUGUUUUGCAGAACUCUUCAAAAAUAGAUUUUAGAUUCUCAUUUGGCAAUUUUGGGACACCAACCAAAACCAUAUCAGACGCUAUCUCUUUCUUCGCCAUAAGAGUAAGCUGAUUCUCAAGAGAAAGUAUGUGUGUGUUUUGUUCAUACAACUUACUAUUCAGCUGGCUCUCAAUGCUAUCGACACGAGAGCUUAAUGUAGAGAUGGAACCUUCAAUUAGAGAAAAUCUUUGCUCCAGGCUAACUUUAAUCUCUUCAAUCUUGGUGACUAAUCCAGAACGGGUUUUUUCUAGAUCAUCGGUUAGGUUGCGUUGAAGAAGAAUUUGUUUUGUCAAUUGUUUUUUAAAAGAAUCGAGGGAAAGUAAUGUGAUGUCAUUUUUCGAACUUUUCGGUGAAAUGUCAUUGGUUACAUGGGCAGAUGAAGGUGUACUUUUAUCUUGUGACCGUGUCACAGCACCAGUGUGGCUCAUAAUAACAGAUGGUGGGGGAAACACUUUCGAUGAAGAUUUUAAAGAGUUAUUUUUUUUUUUUCAGAUUUUCACUUUUUUUAUUAUAUAUUAUUAUGACUUAGGCGGCAGAAUAUUUUAGUAUGAAUUACCAAUAAUAAACGACACUGGCAGUAAAAAAUACUCGCGUUUCUUAAAAAAUAGGCAAGGAAAAUGGAGAUUUUACUGUUUUUAGCCGGAGCAACAAAAUAAGCGACUACUCGCGUCUAAAGCACAUGCUAAUUGUAUUCGGUGGUAUAGUUUGCAAUUGAAAGUGGUAGUUUACAUAGGCGAUGGACUAUUGAAUGAAAGGCAGUGAGUUUGUGUUGAAUCGGGGAGUAUGAGUCGUUCGUGAUGUAUCUGUUUGUUGUUGUUGGUUUCCUGUAUAUGGCAAAUUCAAUUCGUCCGUUUUUUCUCGACAGGGUUAAGUCUAAGAAAUUUAGUUUUUUGUCUUUUUCAGAUUCAAAGGUGAAAUUAAUGGAAUCGAACUCUGAAUUUAGGAUGUUUAAAACCGAAUCGAUUUCACCUCUUUUUAUCACCGCAAAAACAUCAUCUACAUAACGUCGUUUCGAACGACGACAUGAAAACUUCCGCUAUUAGUGGGGACAAAGGGUUUCCCAUACUUGUUCCAGUUUCAAUUAUGUAAAAGUUAUUCCUAAACUGAAAAAAGUUUUGAGACAUACAUAUUUUAGCUGUUUUUAAAUAUGCAUGUUUAUUGUUUUCCUCUAUCUCAAACUUUUCAAGGUGUUUUUGAAGGGCAGUUAAAGCUUCAGGGAUAGGAAUACUCGGAAACAGAGCUUCGACAUCGAAUGAAAUCAUGAUUUCGUCUUCUUCAAUUAAGAUGUUCUUAAUUUUUUCCACGAAGUCAAAAGUAUUGUUCACUGAAAAACUUUGUAAUGGGUAUUUUUUCAUAUCACUUACUAGCCAUUUGGAUAUUUUGACGGAGGGUGAAUUUAUAUUUGAAACAAUGUGUUGUUAACUACCCCACUGUUAAUAAGCUGCAAUAAUAAAUAAAGAUAGACAACAACAUGAGACGACAAAUAUACGAACUGCAAUAAGGAGAUUGAGAAAAAGAAGAUAAAGAUACAGUGAAUUUAUCUAUUCAGCGAGAGUGUAGCGAAGCGAGUCCUUUUAAUCUUUUGUAAAUUAUAUAUUAUUUUGUUUCUUCUCAAUUCAUUUUAUACUUGCAAAUAAUAAAACUUUAAAUUAAAAAACAUUCAUUGUUUAAAAAGUGCGUUUCUUUUUCAUAAAAUUUGGAGAAGAUUACAUUCAGAAGAGGGAUAUUGCCUUAGAAAAUUGCGAUUGCGUCAUCCGAUAGACAAAAAAAAAAAAAAAAAAAACGAUUGUGCGAUUGGGUCAUACAAUCGAGACAGAGUCUCGAAACUGAAUUUUUGAAUUUCAACUAUCAUCCAGAGCAAAAAUGAGUGCAAAGGAAUUAGUAAAACUACUGGUGCAGGCGCUGAAAGAGAAUAGCCAGCAGGGAGCAGAUCAGACCAACGAUGUCAACUACCAAAUCAUGCCUGAUUUCAACAAAUCCAUUCAAAACUUUAAUGGAAAAAAAAAUGAUUGUGAGGCGCGUGAUUGGUUGCUUUCUGUAGAUGCAGUGGCUGAUCUCAAUAGGUGGUCGGAUGCAUUUCGUCUGGAGUGCGUCAGAUUUCAUUUAGUUGGAGCUGCAAAGAGCUGGUACAAUUCCUUAACAAUAUCCACUUGGGCUAAAUUUAAAUCUGAGUUCGAGAGUACAUUCACAAGUCCUUUGGAUACAGCCGACAGAUGGAAGUUGCUACUCGAGCGAAAGCAGCGAAAGGGUGAAGAUAUCAUAGAUUAUUUCUUUGAAAAAUUGCGAAUGUGUAACGAUUUGAAACUGAGUUUCACAGAAAUAAAAACCCAAAUUAUCGAUGGUAUCAUAUCCAGAGAGUUGAAACAAUUUCUGUUGUGUCGUUCACAUACUAACACCAACGAAGUUGUUAGAGACAUCAAGAAUCAUUUCCAACUGAUGGGACCUUCAGCUUCAGAAUCUGUUCCAACGAAGAGAAUAGGCGGCGAGUACAAAAGUCAUUCUUCGGUUCCAGAGAGGUGCUCUAAAUGCAAAGGUGGACACAAAGACGAAUUCUGUACUCAGGGUAAAGCGAAAGAUGAAAUCAAAUGCUUUCGUUGCCUAACUCCAGGGCAUUAUAAGAGUGAAUGCAAAGUUGAGGUUAAAUGCAUUCAUUGUGGCAAUCCGGGACAUAUGAUGAAAAAUUGUCCAAAGAGUAAAACGGAUUUUCGUACACCAAACGUCACAUCAAAUGUCGGCAAGAGUGAAUCGUCUUACAAAGUUUCAUGUGUGAGGUACAUCUAAAGAUUUAAAAUAUUAUUAAACUGCAAAAUUAAAUGGACAUGAGAUGAAAGCAUACAUUGAUAAUGGUAGCAAAUGUGUUAUGAUCAGAGAUUCUUAUGCUAAGAAACUCAACAUUCAAUACGAGAAAACAUCAGAUAUUAUUUGUGGUUUUGGUAAUGGCAAGAUCAUGUCUUUGGGAGUGUUCGAGGCUAGCCUUCAAGUUGACCAAGCCGAGGCCAAGGUUAAAGUUCAUGUUGUUCCAGAUGAAUUUCUGCAGAUUCCACUUUUGAUUGGACAGCCUUUUACCGAAAACGAAUACAUUACCAUUGUAAAGCGAGGAAAUAACAUUCGAGUUUUUGAGGAGCGACAGAUCGUAGACGAGGAAUGCUUCAAGGACCUGGUAGUUCCACCUUUACCAAAACAAGAAGUGAAACUAUGGGCGAAAGAAAAAACAGUCAUUCCUGCGGGUUAUAUUGGUUUUAUAACUGCUUGUGCUGACGAGAUAGAACAACGUACAGAUAUUUUCAUCAAUGGAGGUGCAAAUCGUGGAGGUUUCUUGAUUCCGAGUUGUGUGGUGAGCAUUGAAGAUGAAGUUAACAUACCAGUUGUCAACAUGAGUGCAAAUGAGAUCGUUUUUUAGAAAGGAGUUACUAUUGCAAGAGGAAAACGAUGCGUUGAAGAUUCCGAUGUCUGCGAUGAAGAUGUCGAAAAUCCAGAAAAAUGUGAGUACACUGCUCUUUUAUCAGUUGUAGACGUGUCGUUUUUGGAAACAAUUGACAUUAACCCCACAGCUUCUACGAAUGUCAGAGAAAAAUUAAUAAAUAUUUUGAAAGACUACCGAGAUUGUUUUGCUUUGAAUAUGACAGAGUUGGGUUGUACAAAAGAAGUAGAGUUUGAGAUAGAACUGAGUUCAGAUGUUCCUGUAGUUUAUCGUCCUUAUAGAUUGAGUCAUAGCGAAAGAGAGUUUUUGAGAGGAGAGAUUGAGGAAAUGAAAGCUGCUGGAAUAAUACAAGAUUCCGUUUCUAACUAUUCGAG